AGUUGCUUAUAAAAAAGCUCAGAAGAUUUCUGCUUUGUCAUUUCUGGUUGGCUUCAGCAAGAUACAAGUCAUACAACUGGCAAACUUGCAAGACACCUCAAGCUUUCUCAAGCAAAAAAUUACCAUUUCAGUACGUGAACACCACGACCACGAUGAAAGUGAUGCUGGCAUUUUUGUUGCUACUUGUUCAUGCAAUGAGCAUUAUGGCUGGGACAAACUUUGAUGGUGAAUGGACAAUUCAAUGCCCAGCAGGUCAAUCAAUUUAUCACGUCAGCAGUGUCCAUAGCAACCAUCAUGAAGAUCGGUCGUGGACUUUCACCUGCAGAGCUAACUCAAAAAUUACGAAUAAUUGCCAAUGGUCAGGGUUUGUGAAUUCGUAUGAUCACGAAAUAAUAUACCAAUGUCCAAGUGGACUCAUCUCAGGUGUACAUUCUCGACACAGUAAUCAUCACGAAGACAGACAAUUUAAUUACAAAUGUUGUCGUACAACAAGUAAUGCUUUACGUCAUUGUUCCUGGACUGGCUACGUCAAUAACUGGGAUGCCUAUAUGAAUUAUCAUGCGCCAUGGAACAAAUUUCUUGUUGGGAUGAAUAGCCAUCACAACAAUGGAAAAGAGGACAGAAUAUGGAGAUUCCUCGUCUGUGGAAUAGCCUAAUUGAUUUUUGUUACACGGGACAUUGAAGACAUUCCAAUAUUUCAUGUAGUAGCUAUAAACCUCGGUGUUAGAUGCAAUAAAUAGCAUUAUAAAGACAUAAAA